AUAUUGUUACGUUUUAAGUAUCUUCCCGUACGCUCCACCGAUCUCACAAACCCAAAUGGACCCACAGUCCCCGCCACAACCCGCCAUCACCGCCGCCCCCACGAAGCUCCGUUUGAUGUGCAGCUACGGCGGCCACCUAACCCCACGCCCCCGCACCAAGUCCCUCUCCUAUUUGGGCGGCGAAACCCGCAUAAUCUCCGUCGACCCAACCACCGUCAACACCCUCUCCUCCUUCAUUUCUCAUCUCCUCACAAUUCUCCCCAUUAAACCGCCCUUUUCCCUCAAGUAUCAGCUCCCUCACUCCCCCCUCGACUCUCUUAUCUCCCUCUCCUCCGAUGACGAUCUUCAGCUCAUGCUCUACCGGCACCUCCACCUCUCCUCUUCCACUUCCUCUCGCAUUAGGCUCUUCAUCUUGUUCCCCGAGCCGGAGAAGACCCGUAAUGUUAUUCAUCAUCCCAAAACUGAGGCCUGGUUCGUCGAUGCGCUUAAGAGCGCGAAGAUUUCGCAGAAGGGGCGCGAUUUCUUGGUGGGGUUUGAUGGGGAUGCGUUGAUCGGAGAGAAUGAAGCUAAGGUUGUUGCAGAUUUGGGUAAUGGCGGUGUUUCUUUGGCCGAAUCCAUGCUCUUGGAAACCAGUUCUUCUUUUGAAUCAUCGUCUUCUUCGGAUUUUGGACUCAGUUCUCUGGAUAAUACUGUUAAGCUGCCGACAACUUCUGAUUCCGUCGCAACCCUCUCGAGCGAGAAUCCAGUUCAGAGUAAUUUCCAUGGCUCUGGAGUUUAUCCCCAGAACCCCAUUGGCUUUUCAGGGUAUGCACUAGCUUCCCGACCAAACUCUUUUCAGCAGCAGGCAUUGCGGUUGGUAGAUAGCUGCCAGCUUCCUGCCGUGUAUCCAAUGCCUUCUUACUAUCCAGUCCAGCAGCCUCAGUUUGUGCAUUACCAGCCAAUGCCAAGCCAUAUAUAUCCUGUCUACAUUUUACCUGUCGGGCAGACACGGGUUUCAGCCCCUUCCAACCUGCCUGCGCAGUGGGACUUGCACAAUGCUGCAACCGGGAGUUUAAGUCAUCCUCUUCCUCAAGUAGCUUACAAGGAGGUGACGCCAGAGCCACGCACACAAGAGUUUGGAGCAAUGGCUAUGAAGUCUGCUGAUGGAGUUCAGCAGCAACCAGUAAACAUUUCUAAUGAUGCUGCAGCCGCUGCAUCUGGUGAAGUUGCUUGUACUCAUAAUGAAUGCGGCGACGACGACGACAACAACGACGAUCCAGAAAGAACCUUAAUAUACAAAUCUCAGCCUCCUCCUCCUCCUCCCCUGGUUCCAUCUCAGUUGCAAAGUAAAGCUCAAGCCACGACGAACAUUCUGUCCGAUGCGAUGUCGCAGCUGCAGAUGAUCCAAACCAAACCAUAAAUCGCAUAGUCGUCGUCAAUUUGAGCAUACUCAGUAGAUCAUACGUUAAUUACUCGAUCUGGUUGAACUUCUAGUCUAUAAUGAAACUAUGAAAAUUUGCCCCUA